AAGGCAGAUCUCCGGCGAAACUUUAGACUGAGAUACGGAAGAAUCAGAUCAACGCAUGCGACCAAGUAAAUCAAAAUCGGGUUGAAGAAGAAAGAGAUAAGCUUUCACAUCAGUAAGUUGAUAAAUUCAUGUUUUGGUUUUGAAAUCAGUAUCAUCUUCUCUGAAUCAACUGUUUAUCCGUAUUAAUCAUUAAAUUUCCUGAGUUAGGGAUUUCAUCGAUAAUUAAAUGGGUUGUGAUGAUUCAUCAGAUUUUUGAAGGCGCGAAAUGGGGAAUACUUCAUCGAUGCUGACUCAGUACGACAUCGAAGAAGUUCAGAGUCAUUGUCAUGAUCUAUUUGAGCAGCAGGAGAUUUUAUCUCUGUAUCAACGGUUUUGCCAGUUAGAUCGAAACGCAAAAGGAUUUAUAUCUGCUGAUGAGUUUCUCUCUGUGCCUGAGUUUGCGAUGAAUCCACUCUCUCAGAGGCUGCUUAAGAUGGUUGAUGGUUUGAACUUUAAGGAUUUUGUUGCUUUCUUGUCUGCGUUUAGUGCCAAGGCUAGUCUAAGACAGAAAGUUCAAUUGAUCUUUAAAGUCUAUGAUUCGGACUGCAACGGGAAGGUCUCUUUUAAAGAUAUCAUGGAAGUGUUGCGUGACUUAUCGGGAUCAUUCAUGUCUGAUGAGCAAAGAGAGCAAGUACUGAGCCAGGUUUUGAAGGAAUCGGGCUACACGAGUGACUCAUUCUUAACUCUGGAGGAUUUCAUAAAGAUCUUUGGGAGUAGUAGACCGGAGAUGGACGUUGAAAUUCCUGUGGAUUAGACUUUAUGAUCAUAUAUCAUCAAACACAACACUCAAAUCUCAUCUUGUAUUUUGUCCACACUGUUUCUAGAAUAAUCCUUGUUAAUUGAUCACAUCAUUGCAGGCUUUUUCAGCACUUGUUAAGUAUUUGUCAAUUGAAACUUGUUCUACUAAAGGAAAUUACAAUUGUUUCCUCUGCUUAGCUUUUUGCAUUACCAAUAAUGGCAUAUGAUAGAC